AUGCUAAUCGUAGGACUAGAUAUAGAAGAGAUAAUAAAAUUGAAGCAGCAAUUGUCAGAGGAGUUUGAUAUGAAGGACUUGGAUUUAGUAAAGCAUAUACUUGGGAUGCGAAUCUCCAGAGAUAAGCAACAGGGAACGUUGCAGCUAUCUCAAUCAGAGUAUAUUAGUCGUGUUUUACAAAGAUUCAACAUGAGUAGUGCCAAAGCAGUAAAUACACCAUUAGCCAACAUCAACAUGGAAAUAACAUUCAAACACAAUAUCAUAGUGGUGGUUUUCUAUUUCUUCCUAUUGUUUCCUCUGGCCUAUACUGCCAACAAUCGUGGUGAGUUGAUUAGAAUUGGACUGAAAAAGAGAACAAUGGAUUUGAACGACUUGCUUGUAGCCAAGCUCAUGGAAUCUAUGCACAGAAAGUCUAAAACUAGUGUUUCUAUUGAAGAUGGGAAUAAAGGAGAGUUGGUGGGCGGUACUGGUAUUGUAGCACAAAGGAACUAUAUGAAUACUCAAUAUUAUGGUCAAAUUGGUAUUGGUACUCCCCCUCAAAAUUUCACUGUUGUAUUUGACACUGGCAGUUCUAAUUUGUGGGUUCCUUCCUCUAAGUGUUAUUUUUCGGUUGCUUGCUAUUUUCAUGCAAAAUACAAAUCAAAACUAUCAAGAACACACAAGAGAAAUGGGAAACCAGCUGCAAUCCACUAUGGAACCGGAGCUAUCUCUGGUUUCUUUAGUCAAGACAAUGUAAAAGUUGGUGAAAUUAUGGUUGCAUAUCAGGACUUUAUUGAAGCCACUGGAGUGCCUGGCACCACAUUUGUCUUAGCCAAGUUUGAUGGCAUACUUGGGCUUGGGUUUCAAGAAAUUUCUGUUGGAAAAGCUAUCCCAGUGUGGUACAAUAUGGUGAGACAGAGACUUGUUACAAACCUAAUUUUCUCAUUUUGGCUCAAUCGGAAAAUUAAAGAUCAAGAAGGAGGUGAAAUUGUAUUUGGUGGAGUCGAUCCUAAACAUUUUAAGGGGGAGCAUACAUAUGUCCCUGUGACAAGGAAAGGAUAUUGGCAGUUUGACGUGGGUGAAAUCUUGAUUGGUGGUAAAACAACAGGAUUUUGUGCUAGCGGGUGCCCAGCAAUAGCUGAUUCUGGAACCUCUCUAAUACUUGGUCCAAUGGAAAUUAUUACUUCUAUCAAUCGUGCAAUUGGUGCCUCCGGAGUUGUUCAUCGAGAAUAUAAGGCUAUUGUUGCAAAACAUGGGAAAACAAUACUGGAGAUGCUACAUAAGAAGCAAGAACCUCAUGGUAUUUGCCCACAAAUUGGUUUGUGCACUUUCAACAAGACAAGAGGUUUUAGCAUGGAAAUGAAGAAUCAGGGUGAAUCUAUGUGCUCUACAUGUGAAAUGAUUCUGGAAUGGAUGCAAAACCAACUUAAGCAAAACGAAACUCAUGAACGUAUACUUAACUACAUUAAUGAGCCCAAUGAUGAAAUAUUGAGUCCAAUGGUUGAAUCAUCAGUUGACUGUUACAAUUUGUCCUCCAUGCCUAAUGUUUCAUUCACAAUAGGUAGAAGGGUGUUUGACCUCACCCCAGACCAGUACAUUCUGAAGUUUGGAGGGGGAUUCAGAGCUCAAUGCAUAAGUGGAUUCUCAACUUUGGGUGUACCCAAUAAUACUCUAUGGAUUUUGGGAGAUGUUUUCAUGGGAAGCUACCAUACCAUAUUUGACUUUGGCAAUUCAAGGGUUGGAUUUGCUACAGCUACAUGA